AUAAUAACAGUGCAAAUGCAUAGGGAGGGGCUGACCACGACCAGCAGCGGACGGACACACAUACAGACACAGGAGGCGAGGGCAAAUGAAUGAACGACUGAAAGAAACAGCGGGUAGAGGCACGAGGGGUGGCAGCGCCAAUAGUAAUAGCAGCAGACAACGAGGGGGCACUAGCAAACUACAAAAGAAACCGAUCGCUCCGGAGCUCUGCCGGUCAGAUGCACCUAAACACGCGCGUCGCGAACAACAACAAUCAAUUCUUUUUUGUCUUCUGCGUAUGUUUUCAACUAUCAAUUGCUGCAUGAGGAUUACUGCUACCGUUAAAGUAUCGGCUACUCGAAGUGUUGUAUGGACCUAAUCAAGGUUGUGAUUAUGAUCGGGUAGGUUACGCGCCCUCAAAUAGGAAGAAGAUACACGUUUCUACCAGAGGACUAAUAAUUAAGACCUUUAUUGGUCUUCUUUAUUGAAGUGCGUGUAAUAUUCUCAUCUGUGUUAUCUGAAAAUACCUCAAGCAUCCACUACUCGCGCGUAUGGGACGUUGUGAGAUGUGUUACAGAAAUCAAAACAAGAUGUUCCUAUUACAAGUAUUUAUUGUAGCUACCCUGUCAGCGGUGGUUUUAGGCCAACAGCAACAGGCGGCACCAGCAGCACAGGCUCCUCAGCAGGCACCUGCGCAGCCUCGCCACCUUCCGCCAGCAGCAGUCCACUUUGUCAACAUAGGCGAAAAACUCGAAGGGGACUACAAAUUUGGAUACGAUACCGGAAAGGGCAACGAAAAUGGCCAGUCCUUUCGUGAAGAAACCCGUCUCCCCGAUGGCAGCGUUAAGGGAGCCUACGGUUUCAUCGACGCUUCAGGCAAAAUGAGAAUCAUUCGAUACACCGCUGGCAAGGACGGCUUUAAAGCGGAAGGCGAUAUCUUCCAGGACGGUGCUCCUGCUAACACCCCUGGCCUUAACGGCCCUGCCCCAGCUGCUGCCCCUGCCGCCCCUGCCGCUCCUUCCCACCAACAAAGGGCUGCUCCUGUUCCUCAAUACCUGCCACAAACUGCGUCCCAGCCCCAGUAUCAACCGCAGCCUCCGUAUCAACAGGCACCAACUGCCCCGGCCUACCGUUCCCCAACGGCUGCCCCUUAUCAAGUGCCCACAUAUCAGCCGAUUCUGCAACAGCCACAAACUCCAUCCUAUCAGGCCACUGCCCUGGUGCAGCCACAGCCUUAUCAGCCACCUGUAUAUCAACAGCAGCAGCAAACACCUCAGACCUAUCAACCACAAUCGUACCUGCCGGCCAUUCCCCAAUAUCAGUCUCUGCAGUACCGCCCUGAGCGUGCUAACACCUACCAGCCAGCGUCUCCAACUUACACUCCCCAAUCCAUCCAGUACAGACCUCAACCGCAACCCCAGUCCGGCUACCCGCAAUAUGCCAGCCAAAUUUCUCCUCAGUAUGCCCAGCCCAACUACGCCUAUCCGGCUAGCGUUUCCGGUGGUUACCGUCAGCCCCAAACAUCAAACGGACUUUACGCUUCCGCUCAAACCAAUAGACCCCAGAAGUUACAGCCGGCGUUUCCAGACUUCUUCCGUGUUUCUUCGCCAACUCAAGCUACUCAGGCCCAGUCCCAGGCCCAGGCUCAAGCCCAGGCCUACCAACAACCUGCACCUCAACAAUAUCGAUCCGUCGUAAGUGACGCCCCUGUAUCUCCAGUUCAAAGCUAUUCUCCUCGUCCCGUAUAUAGACAGCAGGCUUUUCCCAGUUACAAACACACACCACACCAGUAUCAGCUGGCGUCUAAACAAGGAAGUGGGCCUGUGUCAUCCUACAGUCCUGCUGCUCAGAUCAACGAUGCCGGCCCGAAGAAGAAAUACGAAGAUGGCCAGUACGACCCUGAAUUGACAAAGGCUGGUCUCUACUAUCCCGAACUUUACGAGAAGAUUUCGACGACGGGUAAGGACGGAACGCCGCGAUCUCCUACAGCAGCUCAGAUUGCCGCUGCGGCUGCCAACGCCCCCCAGAGCCCCCGACCACUGCCUUACUUCGAUCCCUCACUGCUCGCUUACAAUAUUGGCACCCAACAGACCCAGGCGGCUCGUCAGGCCUAAUGGAGGAGCGAGAGGAUCAGAAUAUUUCAUACACUAAGGACAUUCAUUAUAUAUACGUAUAACGCGAAGAACUCGAAUGCAGAUAUUCGAAAAGACAAAUUUUCGCAUAAGAUAACAAAUAUGGGUUAUACUUCUUUUAUCAUGUAUAAACUAUGAUGUGGCCAAAUGAUGGUUGAUAAACAGCCAUAUCAUGAUCAUAUAAUAUGUAUAAUCACGCAGAUUGGUCAUGUAACGGUUGGCGCACUUAACGGUAGUAAUAGCAAUUACGAUGUUCCUGUACCUAGACUUAAAGUUGUAGAUUUAAACGCAAAAGACGCACAUAUCUGUGACGUAUUUCUCCUAUUUGAGGUGACGAAGGCUACUAGCAUCAGCCGGUCAGCUCAUCGUCCGCUGCAAACGCUAGCAGCUCUCCGAUCUAAUACAAGCAUGUUGUUUUUUUAUGUUGCAGCGCGCCCCAAGAAAAUUUAAGAAGACCACUCUUCUGGCCAUGCAAGACCAAGAUGAAUAUGAUUAGAGGUUGACUUAAUAACUACUAAUUGCUUGUUCAAGAUUGAAGACUUAGAAAUACUCAAGACAAGCUGACCAGUACAGACGAUUAAAUUUUGAAAGAAUCAUCUUCCUAAUUCUAAUAGUGUUAGCAACAACGAUGUACUUAGAAAAAAAAAGCCUUCUGCUUCAUUUACGGAAGUGACAACUGAAAUAUUGCUCACAAGAAUUAUUUAGAAUAGUCUAUAUGAUCAUUCAAACGAGGUGCAGGCAAGAUGCACACAGUAUUAUAACUGAGAUUGAUUCUACUAAUCAAAUCAUUACGAUUGCAGCUUUGAAAACAUCGACAAUGACGAUGGGUAGUUAUCUGUAAGCUAAUAACGCUGUUUUUGUUAGAUAAUGUAUUCGGAACAAUCUUCAACUCUUCCGAUAUAACAAAAACGCGAGUGUAUUAGGUAUUUACAAUAGAUUCACGUACAUGUAUUGUUCAAUAAUCAAAUUUCUAUACUUUGCUACGUUAAUCUAUUGCAUCGCCACCCGAGGGUAAAAGUGGACAAUGACUGCAGGGAAAAAAAACGAGAUUCGACUUAGGAAGAGAUCGGUUAAUAAUUAUAAUAAUAGUAUUGUUAUAGUUAACAUUUUACUGCUGGUAUCCUCUAUUAGUUUCACUUUCUCAUUUUGGUUUGCCAUAACGGCGGAAUCGCGUACGUUGCCAGCGCCAUCUUGCGUCGUGCUACAGUUUUAUCAUUGUUGAUAUUGUUAUCAUAAUUACUUACCUCAUGGCUGCAAUGAAUCCUUUUAUGUAAAAUAAAAUAAAUUCUUAUUUUGUUCA